AUGUUUAUCACUCUCAUCUCCAAUCCCAUUCUCAACCCAGAGCAGAAAGAUCGCGAUACCUUUUCGUCCACGUCGUCUCCCUCCUCCUCUAUCCUCACCCGCCGGAAAGGAGGUGGAGGUCAUGGCUCUUCCGGUGGAAAGAGUUCGUCAAGCUCAAGCUCCAAGGGUUCAUCCUCUUCGUCAAAGUCCGGCUCCAGCUCGGGAUCGGUUCUUGCAUCCUCAAAAUCAUCUUCCGUCUCCGUCAAAGGUCUCUCAUCAGGGAAGACCUCCGUCACGACAUACGGAAGUGGAGGAGGCAAGGCGAGCACGAUCCCCAGUGGACAGGCGUUCGCGGGUAGGACCGCGGGCGGAGGAACGAGAGCAGAGGUUUACGGGAGCUCACGGUAUGGAAGCGGAUACCCAGGUUACUCUACCGUAGGAGUAUCCCAGCGAGGACUCCCUUAUUACUUCUGGCCCAUCGUCUGGAGCUCUCGACCGACCCCUUACUACGAAGUAGAGAACGAAUACGGUGCUCCCACCAACGACUCUCGUCCUGGCGGUGCUCUCGUCGAAGCCGCUUUCUUCUCCAACGCCUCUGAUGCCGUCCAAUUCAGGCUACUGGGCGAUAACGUCACAGUCUCUGCCCUCAUUCCACUCAUCCAAUAUAACUGCUCGAUGAUCAAUAAUUCGACAUCUUCUUCCUCCGCAUUCCUAUACGCCUCCAACUCCACAUUCAACUCAUCCUCACCAUCCGACGCGAUCUCAUAUCCUCGACCGGAGCAGGCGAUUCAAUACUAUCGCGCCAGUACCCUCGUUCUCACCAUGGACGGGUACAACGACAGCUCUGUCUUCAACACCACUGCUGAUUCUAACAGUACGGCGACUGGAUCGCAGACGCCUCUGCCAUCUUUGGGCUCGAUGGAUCAGCUCUUCAUGACGUGUCUGAACGACACGAUAGGACAGGCCGUCCCGCUUGUGGAUGCUGCCUACUCGAUAAGACUCGGCGGUGGCAUGAGUCUGAAUAUCAUGCUGGCGAUUUGGGUGUUCGCGUGUUUGAGGCAGUGGUUUCGUUUUCUCUAAACAAUGGCGUCCUUCGUACCUUAUUGCUAUUUGCUGGUUUGGACUUGAUACCCAUAGGCUGUGAUGUUUGUUGGACGAUGUGAUUGUGGACACUGAAUCCGUAGUACGGGCGGCUUCUUAGCUUAGUACCCUACUUAUCCGAUUUACUGUAUUUCUUACAACCAAUACUGUAGCGUAUAAUUAUCUUGAACUGUAGACAUAAUCAAUAAUAUCAGCCAGAACUAGUACUUUCACG